GCAGGGACGCCAUUCACCAGCUGGCGGCCGCCGACUUUCUAAUGUCCAGCCACCUGCCCCAGGAGGCGCUGCAUCAGAUUUGGGAAAUCAGCGCGGACGGCGCCGCAGAUUUGAAUGCGGAGCGCUUCUGUCUGGCCUGCCGCUUGGUGGCUUGGGCGCAGCAG